CCACUACACGAAUUCAGAUAAAUUUUACUCCAUUCUUCGACGGCCGGCUCUCUCUCUCUCUCUUUCUCUGAAAUUCACUUUCCCUGCAGCAACAAAGAAUAUCAUGGAUUACUCUUCUUCGAAAGAUGUCCCUAGAUGGACGCCAAAGUCAAGUCGAGCAAGCUCACCCCUGAGAGCUUCCGAAGUUGCUAACGAAAAUGUUGGCGACUUAGAGAUACAGAGCAUAGAUUCUGUAGAAGAAGAUAGCGGCCGUCGCCCAGACGUGGAAGAAACGUUCCCAUUUAGCGUUGCUGGCCUCGGUACUUUUGGUUCUACAGUACGUUUGGAUGGUCAUGAAACGUCAUUUAAGUUUGGUUCCGAAGUUGUGUCUUCGGGGACAGAGCAAGAUCAGAAUUACAUUGCAAAGAGGGAGGGAAAUAUUUUCUUGACAUGGAAGAAUCUGUGGGUGACGGUGCCCAAUGGCAAAAAUGGGCGCCGGCCGAUAGUCCAAGGUCUAACUGGGUACGCGGAACCGGGCAAAGUAUUGGCUAUCAUGGGUCCUUCUGGCUCAGGAAAAUCAACUCUUUUGGACUCUUUGGCAGGGAGGUUAAGCUCAAAUACGCAGCAGACUGGGGAGAUCUUGAUAAACGGACUCAAAGAAACACUUGCUUUCGGAACUUCGGCCUACGUAACCCAAGAUGACACCUUAAUGACAACGCUAACAGUACGGGAAGCUGUGUACUACUCUGCACAGCUUCAACUGCCAGAUUCAAUGUCGAGAUUCGAGAAGAAAGAAAGGGCUGAGAUGACUAUAAGGGAGAUGGGAUUGCAAGGCUCCAUUGACACGAGAAUUGGAGGCUCGACUGUAAAAGGUCUAAGUGGGGGGCAAAUGAGGAGGGUUAGCAUUUGCAUUGAGAUUUUGACCCGCCCGAAGCUCCUUUUCCUUGACGAGCCAACAAGUGGGCUUGACAGCGCAGCAUCAUUUCAUGUCAUGAGCCGCAUCGUCAAGAUAGCUCGUCAAGAUGGAACGACUGUUGUUGCAUCAAUCCAUCAACCUAGCAGUGAAGUUUUUGAGCUUUUUAGCAAUCUCUGCCUCCUUUCUACAGGAAUGACAGUCUAUUUUGGCCCCGCUUCAAUGGCGGAAAAGUUUUUCGCUUCAAAUGGCUUCCCAUGCCCAACUCUGAGAAACCCAUCUGAUCACUACCUUAGGACUAUCAACAAGGACUUUGAUUCGGACAUCGAACAAGGAUCUCGUACCACAACAAGCACCGAGGAAGCUAUUAAUAUUCUUGUCAACUCAUAUAAAUCAUCCGAGACUCACCAUCAAAUUCAACAGCUGGUAUCUAAAAUAUGCCAACAGAAAGGAGGAACUCUGGAGAAGGGAAGCCAAGCAAGCUUCAUUACCCAGUGUCAAGUUCUGACAAGGAGAUCGUUUGUGAACAUGUAUCGUGAUCUAGGCUAUUAUUGGCUUCGCCUUGCAAUCUACAUUGCAUUGUGUUUAUGUGUCGGGACUAUCUUCCAUGACAUUGGCUCCAACUAUGGCUCAAUACAGGCUAGAGGUUCAAUGUUGAUGUUUGUUGCGGCCUUUCUGACUUUUAUGGCAAUCGGUGGAUUUCCUUCAUUUGUAGAGGACAUGAAGAUCUUUGGGCGUGAAAGAUUGAACGGGCACUAUGGUGUUGGGGCUUUUGUGAUGGGAAACACAUUUUCUUCCAUUCCUUACUUGCUUCUCAUCUCCAUAGUUCCAGGAGCAAUAGCUUAUUACCUUGUUGGCCUUCAAAAGAGCUUCGAACACUUUGCCUACUUCGUAUUGCUACUCUUCGUGUGCAUGAUGUUGGUGGAAAGCUUGAUGAUGAUGGUUGCGAGUAUAGUGCCAGAUUUUUUGAUGGGAAUCAUUACUGGUGCUGGAAUACAGGGCGUGAUGAUGUUGAAUGGAGGUUUCUUCCGGCUGCCUGAUGAUCUUCCGAAGCCUUUCUGGAGAUAUCCAAUGUUUUACAUUGCAUUCCACAAGUAUGCAAACCAAGGAUUCUACAAGAAUGAGUUUGAAGGAUUAACUUUCCCUAAUAACCAAGCAGGAGGGCCACCAACGAUCACUGGUGAAGAAAUCUUGCGAAGUACCUGGCAGGUAGAGAUGGGCUACUCCAAGUGGAUUGAUAUUGUUAUUUUGCUAGGAAUGGUGGUUCUAUAUAGGCUUAUGUUUUGGGGAAUUAUAAAGAGCAUAGAAAAGGUUAAGCCACUUAUUAAAGCUCUUGCAGCUGCACCUCCCUAAUAGUCAGAAUAGAUCGUAGACAACCCAUCUGCAUCUAUAUAUAUGUAUGUAUGUACGUAUAAUAUAUAUAUAUAUAUAUAUAAGAAUGAUGUUUCUAAAUUACGUUCUUGGAUAUUUGAGGACACAGCUUGUUCCAUUGGCUUGUAGAGAAAUCAAGGACCGGUACUGUCUUGAAA